UGCAUGUUAACCGCCCGCAUUUCCAAGGCUCGAUGGCGGCGACGUGACGUUUCCCUGAAGUUGAAAAGUCGCGUAUACUGCGUCACUGUACGAUCAGUUCUGCUUCACAGUUGUGAGACCUUGAACUUGCGGGUAGAAGACAUUCCUGCCGGGUCAGCGUACUCGUUCAAAUUACAACAGAACGGUAGAAUAGUUGUGUGCUAUUUCGGCGAAGGUGCUGCCUCUGAGGGUGACGCGUUCACGGGCAUGAAUUUCGCGGCUACUUUAGACUGUCCUAUCGUGUUUGUGUGUCGAAAUAAUGGAUAUGCGAUUUCCACUCCAGUGCAUGAUCAGUAUCGUGGGGAUGGAGUUGUUGCUCGUGCACCGGCUCUUGGCAUGACCGGAAUUCGAGUAGAUGGAAACGAUCUGUUCGCUGUGUACAAUGCUACUAAGGCUGCUCGAAAAUUGAGUGUGACGGAAAAUCGUCCAGUGCUGAUCGAGGCAAUGACUUAUCGAGUGGGACAUCAUAGUACCAGUGAUGACAGCUCAGCCUAUCGGUCAGUGGAUGAAGUCGCCUAUUGGGAUAAGACAGACAAUCCGAUCCUGCGUUUGCGGCACUAUUUGCUUCGCAAAGAAUGGAUCACUGAAGAAGAGGAGAAGAAAAUGCGAACAGACGUGCGAAAACAGGUGCUUUUUGCGCGUUGCGAAGCUAAAAAGAAGCCAAAUCCAUUCCUACUGUUCACGGACGUCUAUUCAUCAAUGCCGCCACGUCUUCGUCGUCAGAUGUUGGCUUCCAAGGAGCAUGUGGAACGAUACAAAGAAAACUAUCCUCUUCUUAUCUUGAAUUCUAAGCCUACAGUGUAA